AUGUUGCUCCUUCCAGUCCUUCUUCUACUAAACGUCCGUUCCGCCCUCUCCCUUUGCUCCCAUGGCACAGUACUUCAUCCUCGCCGGGAGGGCGGGAUUGGAGAACUGCCGAAUUUCGACUACACUGCCGCCCGGGGUCCAACAAAUUGGCAGUCCAUUUCCCGUGAAAACAUUCUUUGUGCUACUGGGUUAAGACAGUCCCCUAUUAACUUGGACCAGAGUAUUCCUAUUGAGCCUGCCGGUUUCAUUCGUUCAACCAUUCCCAGGCAAGAUAUUCUUUUCCAAAAUCUCGGCACUACUGCAGAGGUUGUCCUGGAAGGUACCACUCUUGUUGGAGGGGUUGGUGAAUUCAAGCUGGAGCAAUUCCACUUCCACACCCCAAGUGAGCACCGCAUCGGAGGCCAGUUCUUCCCAAUGGAACUGCACUUGGUCCAUUCCCAGAUCGGUAACCGCGGCCAGAUUGCUGUUAUUGUCAUUCUUUUCCAGGUUUCUGGUCGUGGCGGCUUUGGCGAUCUUGAGCGCAUCAUUUCCCAGUCCAACCGCAUCCGCGAUCGCGGUCAGCAGAUUAGUAUGCGCCAAAUGGACUUCGGUUUACUCUCGCGCUCGAUCUCUACUCUUCCUUCCUUCCGCUACGUAGGAAGCUUAACCACUCCUCCUUGCACAGAGGGAGUCAUUUUCCUUGUUAUCGCGCAGCCUCUCUCCAUUGGUGUCGACUUCUUUAAUACUCUCAAGGGUGUAACUGGAUUCAACUCUCGCUUCCUCCAAGGUGGUAUCCCGUCUCGGCAAAACGUUCUCCUAUCCGGUCUUCAUAACGUGGGACUGACGAACCAACAAUGUUCGCGACUUACUGAGGGACUUGAGCUUAUCGGAGAAGGUGGUCGCGGAAGAGACGACAGACAACGUCAAGACGCUCAACGGGGCCAGCGAGGCCAACAAGGAGAGCAGAAUGGCAACAGAAACUCUACACGACUUGCAAACCAGCCAUCGCAAGCCUUGAACGCCAAUUCUACCGGGCUAGGACGACUUGAGGAGACUCGCACUUCAGCAAACGUCGCCACCGGGACUGCUGCUCUAGGUGGCCAACAGCAACAGAACCAGAACCAAAACCAAAACCAAAACCAGAACCAGAACCAGAACCAGAACCAGAACCAGAACCAGAACCAGAACCAGAAUCAGAAUCAGCAAGAUGAACAAGAAAGACAGCGGCAAGAGGAGCAACAAAAAGAAGAGGAAAAGCAGAGACAGAAAGAUCAGCAGAAACAACAACAGAAUCAGCAAGAUGAGCAACAAAAGGAGGAGGAAAAACAGAGGCAGAAGGACCAACAGAAACAACAAAACAAGAACCAGAACGAGAACGAGAACCAGCAAGAUCAGCAACAAAAAGAGGAGGAAAAACAGAGGCAGAAGGAUCAACAGAAACAACAAAACCAGAACGAGAACCAGAAUCAGAAUGAGAACCAAAAUCAGAAUCAGAAUCAGAACAAGAAUCAGCAAGAUGAGCAAGAAAAACAGAGACAAGAUGAAGAGAAGCAGAAACAAAAGGACCAGCAGAAACAAGAAGAUCAACAGCAGAAAGAAGAGAAGCAGAAGCAGAAAGAAGAGAAGCAGAAGCAGAAAGAACAACAGAAACAAGAAAAACAGAAGCAGAAGGAUCAGCAGAAGCAACAAAAUCAGGACCAGGAUCGUGAUAACCAAAACGAUGAUCAGCAAGAUCAGAAUGAUGCAAAUCGCGGCCAAGCUGAAGAGCUUGAACAAGCUCAGCAACAACAACAGCAACAACAACAACAACAACAGCAGCAGCAGCAGCAGCAGAAUCAGAACCAGCUUAUUGCGAACCAGACUGAAAAUGGUGCAGCUGGUGCCACAGCUCAAGUCAUUAGCACCGGGGCUGCGAGUCUUUUUGGCCGGAGGGCUUUUUAG